GUCACAUGCGGCAAGGUGUAAACAUGCAGAUUUUCCUCUCUUUUUUUUAAGAUUUAAGUGGGAUGGGAUUAUUUUGUGGCGCUGUCACCUUGCUUUUAAGUUAGUGCUCUGUUUCGUCUCCAUUUGCAGAGAUCCAAUCUGAGAGUGAGUGAGUGCACCGACACCAAAUAUUUUCAGAAAUCUUUCGAUCUCGAAUCAGAUUCUCUCUUUCGAGUGGUUUAAUUGCAGACAUUUUGGAGAAUCAGCACCUAAUUCUUUUGCGAUAAUCGUUGUUCUAAGUUCUAUUCGGUUGAUUGAAGGAAGCAAAUCAUGUUCAAGUCAUCACCGCGUAGGAGCCAAAGAUCUAAAGGUUUGAAAGUGAAGCAUGUUCUGCAGAUCUGUGUUUUGGUUGGUGUUUGCAUCUGGCUGGUUUACCAGGUUAGGCACUCCGGUGAAAAGAAAGCGGCACAUGAGGAUAUCCCAAAACAUGGGAACGAACUGAAGUUGGGGAGAAAGGAUCUCCAUCCUCAAGUGGAGGAAACAAUUAUUAGAGAUGCAAGGCACAAGGAGGAGGAAGAGGAAGACAGGCUUGACAGGCUGAAUGAAGAAGACCAAAACAAGCCUGAGGAAGUAGAUAGUGUUGGAAGAGGGGGUGGGGAUGAUGAUGUUGCGCAUGAACAUGAUCAAGAUAAAGGUGAGGAGGAGAGAGAGCACAGAGAAGAAUCAAUAAAUGGAGAUAAGGAAAGUGAAGAAAAUAAGGACAAUGUUACUCAAGAGAAGGAGAUUGAAGAGAGCAAAGAGAAUAAUGGUGAAGAGGAGAAUGGAGAGAUCAAGGAAAAAGAAAAUGAAGAAAAGGAGAAUGAGGAGAGUAAAGAGAAGGAUGGAGAAUCCAAGGAGAAUGAGGAGAAUAAGGAAAGCGAAGACAAGAUGAAUGAAGAGACUCAAGUGAACAAUAGUGAAGGGAGGGAAAGCACAGAGGAGAGUCAAGAAAAGGAGAAUAAGGAGAUUGGGGAAGAAAGCAAUGAGACUGAAAAGGCUGAUUCUCAGAUAGAGAAUUCUGGUAAUUCAGAAGAUAAGGUUUCUGAUGGAAAUGAUGGGCAUAAAGCAGAGGCAAGAGAGGUACACUACAAGGGGGAUGAUGCUUCCAGUGAAGUUGUCCAUAAAACUCAAGAUACAGCAGCCGAGCAAGGCAGUUCUGAAAAUUCCAAUGAAACAGAACAAGUAGAAACCAAAGAAGAAAAUAAAUCUGAUCAGGAGAACCAGGCAAAGAGUACUGAAGAAGUCAAUUCCCAUCCAGAUGAGUCAGUCUCAAAUGUAAAAGAAACUGGAACAAAUGAAAAGAUUGAAUUUUCAGAUUCCACAGCAAAUCAGGAAAGUGGCAAUGAGAGCAAUCAAGCUGAGUCAAAAGAGGAUCUCCAUCCUGAUUCCACAACCGUAACAGAAUCAAAUGAAAAGAAGCAAGAAAAUGCAAACGCCUCUUCCCUGCAUAGUGUGACGGAUACAGCAUCUGAUACAUUGCAGAAUCAAAUUGUUGCAACACAGCAAACUGAGAAUUCUGACUCAACAGCAAAUGACCAGCAGUCAGAUUCAAAUGCUACACCUUCCACUACAAAUGGGAAUGGGAAUGGAGAUGAUGGAGGUUCCUCAAUUUCUUCCAGCAAUUCUGAAUCUCUUCCAUCUGAUGGUCAGACUGAGAACUCCAAUGAAUCUAAACAACUGGAUUCUGCUACUUCAGUCACGAGCCAAAAUGACAACAAAGCUCAGAUGGAAGAAUCCAACAACAAUUCUGGGGGUGAGGGAACUCAAGAAAAUGUUCUAUCAUUGAACACAAAUGACAAUGCAAAUGCUGGAGAGAAGGAACAAGUUCAUUCUUCUGAUUCUUUAACCGCCGUUCAGAAAGAUUCAUUUGCAGACACAAAUGGAAAUGUUAAUGCAGGUCAGAAUGAAAAUAAAGAAGAUGGUGUUCAGAGCAACAAUGACAACAAUGCAAGUGCAGGUCAAAAUGACAAGAAAGACAAUUCUGCUGUUCAGAGCAAUAUAGACAAUGGUGCAAAUGGAAAUGAGAAUGGCAUUCAGGGCAACAAUGAAAACAAUGCAAAGGCAGGUCAGAAUGAAAAGAAAGACGAUGUUCUUCAGAGCAAUACAGACAACAAUGCAAAUGAAAAUGUUUUUCAAAGCUACACAGACACCAAUGCAAACUUCAAUGAAAAUGCUGAGCAGGUCAACACAAACAACAACCCAAAUGCGGGUCAGAAUGAUAAUGACAAUGCCGCUCAGAGUGACAGCCAAAGCAAUACAAACAUAAAUGAUAGUGUUGAUUCUGGUCAGAAGGAAUCAUUCAGUUCUUCCUCCCAAGAAAAGAAAGAAGUUUCUUCAAACACAGAUGGCAAGACUGAUGCAGGCCAGACUAAAUCCAGUUAUUCUUCAGAUUCCUGAUUUCUCAGGAAGUGAAGGGAGACGGGGGUGCAAAAUAGUGAGAAUUCAGCUGCAGAGUGAAACUCCUUGUUCUUUUUGGUUCAGUAGAUGAAUGUCACUGCCGUUAACCAUUUGAUUCCAUUUCCAAGGUGCUGCUACUUGUGCUUAUCAUGAUGAUAUAGUCUCCAUAGUUUUGCUUUUGUAUUUAUUAUAGACUCCUAAGUCCUCAUUGUUAAAAAUUAAUGCAUAAUGAUUUUGAUUCUAAUUGUUAUGAGACCAAAUAUUCUAUUGAAA